CAAGAAAACAACUAGUGAAGUUACCAGGCUUGUUUUGGUCAACUACCGAGGCCAACGUUUUUUUGCUAACAAUGCGACGGUUAAUAAACAGUUCACUUGUGAAGAAAUAGUAUCUAAUAGGUUCGGCAAUGGGAUCACUGAAGCUCAACAUUGGACAAGAAAUUUCUGCGACGGCGGCCACACUCGCAGAGGCCAAGUUGGUAUGCCAGGGACUAAACAACCAGAGCUACAUCUGUGAGUCGGGUCACUGCUGUGGAGAGACACAGUGCUGCAGCUACUACUAUGAACUGUGGUGGUUUUGGCUGGUGUGGGCUUUGAUCAUCAUCCUGACGUGCUGCUGUGUGUGUCAACACUGGCGCUCCAAGCAGCGCUUCCAGCAGCAGCGUCGGCAGAACGAGAUCAACCUCAUCGCCUACAGAGAGGCUCGCAACAAUUCUCAGCUCCCCCUCUAUCUUAGAUUUUUGCCAGCCUACCUGCUGCCAGCCUAUGACGAGGUAGUUGACCGCCCAGCCACACCUCCUCCUCCCUACACUCCUCUCCAAUCAGCACCUCCACCCACGGACCCCCCUGAGGAGGCUACUUGCCCCCAUUUAGCUAUCGCGAUACCUGCUAAUGCUGAUUCAGCACCCUCUGCGACUGCAGAUGCCAUGCAGACUCCCUCUCACAGUGCUUUCAGCCCAAGCAAGGACUUGACGCCGGGCAGGUACCGGCGUUUCACAGGAGACUCUGGGAUUGAAGUGUGCGAUGGCCAGGAACUAUGGGAACAGCAGGGCUUUUUAGAAAGUAAAGAGGAGACAGUGGAAGAGGGGGCAGACCAAAUGGAAGACCCAUGUGAUUGCCAGACCUUGGAACAAAGUCAAAUUAGUGAUGCAGUUCCUCACGAAAACACAGAUAGACCUUCAGCUGUGGAUACAGAGCCAUAGUCUGAGGUAAUUCAAAAUAAUGGCUUUUAUGUCUGCAGAAACUUUUUUUCCAGCAGUCUCUAAUGCAGUAUUAUACCUUUAGUGCUCAGGGGUUUGGUCUGUUUGUAAAUGUCUAAGUUUGACUAACACCAGUGUAUGUGUCAGGCCUGGAGACAAAUGAAAUGUGUAACCAAAUAUUUUAAUACUUUCCAAAAUUUAAAGCUGCAUAAUGCAACUUUUAGUUUUGAGAGAUGUGUUUGUGUACCGUGACACCCUAUCAUUUUGUCAAUCAUAUAUUCAAUAUACCAUUACGGCUCGAGCUUGAUCAAUUCUUUGAUACUUGAACGUGUUCUUUUAAAAAUCUAAUUUUUUUAUUAAAGUUUAUUUCUUUUUAAUCCAAACAUAAAUGCUUUGAGAUUUUCUAAAAUCUGACUGUUAAAGAACGCUAACAAGAUCAAGUGUGUAACUCUUGUUUAUGCACAAAACAGGGUUUUAGGUGUGCAUUCACCACUUCUCACAGAGAAAUUAAAAUUCUUAUAAGUAAACUUGACGAAAACAUUGGCACACCCGUACAGAAAUUCUGACCUGGACAUACUGUAUAAGCAUUUUGGAGACCAGACAUAUUGGCAGCCCUGAUGGUGAAGAACUGAAAAGAAGCCAGAUUUUAGAAUAUUCCUCUCACAAGUUUAAUUUCAGUUCAUAGCAAACAAUCAUAUACUCACAAUAUGAUCAACAUUCAGGCCAGAUGUGUUCAAAUGUAUUUGUGCUUGUAGGAUACGUUUUUCUCUUAACAUCCCUCUAUUUUCAAAGCUACUAGAGAACUUAAGUUUUAACAGUUUAAAUCCUUGAGUCAUUACUAAGCUAGUUUUAAAGCAUGAAGCACCCAGUUCUGAUUCAUCUUCACUUACUCAGUGAGACACAACAUUUGUAGAUUUCUAGCAAAAUCUAAUUCUAAUGGUAUGAAUAUUCUGAGGCUUACUAAAAUGUGUGCACCGGUCAAUCAUAGCAUUUAAACUCCCUGCAUAAUAUUGUGUGAACUGCCAAAACACUUCUUCCCUAUCAGGAAUGGGGUUCCACAGACCUCAAAAAAGUGUCUUGGGGUAUCAAGCACCAAGUCGUUAGCAGCAGAUUCUUUAAGUCCUGGACAGUGUGAGGUAGAGCCUCUGUGAAUCACACUUGUUUUACCACAGAUGCUCAAUCAAAUUAAAAUUUUGGCAAUUUGGAAGCUGAGUCAACACUCUUGAAAUCUUUGUCAUGUUCCUCUAAAUAUUCCUAAGCGGCAGGGAGCAUUAUUCUGGUGAAAGAGGUCACUGUCAUCAGCAAACACCACUGUCAUGCAGGAGUGUACAUGGUCUGCAGCAGCGUUUAGUAGUAUCUGUGUAUCAAAGUUACAUCCACAUUGAAUGCUAGUUGUCGCACCAUCACAACUGGGCAUUUGUCACAGCUACCCACGUCUUUAUGCUGCCCAUUUUUCCUUUUUUGAACACAUCAACUUCAAGAACUGAUCAUUCACCAGCCGCCUAAUAUCCCCCACCCCUUGACAUUUACCAUUUUAACAAGAUGUUCAAUGUUAUUGACAUCACCUGACAGUAUUUUUAAUGUUGCAGCUGAUGGGUGUACAUUUGUGUACGUGUCUACAUGCACACAGCUUUAUGAAUCCGAUUAAGUUACUUUUCUGCCCAACUUUUGGCAUGUAUAAUAUAUGGGCAUUUUCUGUCUGACAGACAAAUCAUGUAAUGAAGUCACUGUUACUGAACCACCUCAAACAUACAAUACAAACGUCUUGUGCCAAUAUUUUCUGUUGAUUCUUUCUUGCAUUUUGAUAUUGAUAUAAAAGUUCACACACACUUGCAAAGAUCAUGUAUCAUGGUAGUCUUAUGUUUUUAUUUUUACAAUUUUUAAUCUGAAUCAUUGAAACCAAUGCAUCUUUGUCACAAAAAGCAAUCAUGCAUUUUGUUUGUCACGUAUUUAUUAUAGGUCUUCUAGAAAUAUGACAAAAUGUGCUGGGUCAAAAAUAUAUGUGCUUAUAGAUGUUAUGUCUGCUGUGAUUGCCUUGUCCAAACUAGUACAGGCUGAGGUGAACUUGACAGAUAAAGCACUGUAUGUACAAAGAGCCACAGAGGAAUGCCGCAUACCAACAUUCUUUAGUAAUGCUGGAUGCUUUUUCAGUAUGUCAAUAAUUAAACUCAACUUUGAACUUUAAUAUUACACCUAGAAAGCAGCAGGUUCUCUGUGCACAUUGGACUAGGAUGUCAGCUAUUUCCUGGUUUGUAUGAAUUAAUGUCUCCACGGCACUGAUUCUGUUUUUAACAGAUUUUUGGUGUGUGGUGGCAUUUUUUAAAAAGCAAAUUGCAAAUGUGUCUAGAUUUUGUAGCAAUAUAUCACAAUAGGUUAAUGUGUAAUAACAUAAAAAUUCCAAUCAUGCUGAAUGUUUACACCAGAAGACUGAUGUGAAGAUACUGAUAACCACUAGCAGCACACAACUGAAAGAUCUCUGGCUUGUUGGUAGAAUGACAAUUGUCCUCACCCGGGAUUUGUUAAUCCAUAAAUGGUCACUUUUCGGCUCCCCACUACUGACAAUGAAUCCUUGUUUGAGUCUCCAAUCACCUGUCACACUGGUGUUACAUGAGGUUGCCUUUUCUGAUGCCAUAUUGCCAUAUUCUAUAGCCUUUUAGUUGAGAGUAUUUAGAUUUACUUAAUCAAAGCUCUGGAGUGUCUUUGACAAUAACUGAGUAACCCUUCAGUGCACUCAAAGACAGAUUAACCAUCAUGUAGUCAGUGCAGUGCUAUGUAGGACUUGUUCCCCUUGUAGUUUGUCAAAAAUUUCUGCAUGUGUGAGAUGUGGCAUUUUCAAAAUACAAUUACCAAAAGUGCAGAUACUCAGUUUCAAAUAUCAUCAUCAAUAUGUUUGUUUUGAAAGCAAAUGUGCAACUUUGUUUGAGAGAGUAAGUCUCAACCAGUCAGUUAUUCACAAAGGGAAUGGCUGAUAUGAUGCAGCUCAGAUAUUCACCGAUCAGGCUUAACAUUAUGACCACCUUCCUAAUAUUGAGUUGGUCCCCUAUGGUGCUACAACUCCUCUGACCCAGUGGGGAUGGACACAGGACCUCUGGGGUUGUCCUAUGGCACCAGGAUGCUGCCAAAUAAGAUUUGGAUCUGGGGAGUGUGGAACCCAGGUGAACACUUUAGCUCUGUCGUGUUCCCCAGGCCACUCCUGAGCUGAGGGUGGCAACUGGCAUCAAUGGCUGCUGUUACCAUGGGUGGGUGAGGGGUUGCUGGACCUGCAGUGUUUAUGUGGUUGCCAAACAUCCACAUGAAUGUCGGGACUCAAGGUUUCCCAGCUGAACAUCGCAUUAAAACAAGAUGAUCGAUGCUUUUCACUUCACCCGUCAGUGGUCAUAGUGUUGUGGCUGAUUGGUGUAUAUAAAUGUUUCAGGCUGUUAAUAAACUCUGAAACACUUUAGAGGACUAAGGAGACCCACUGAUUCAGCUGGAAGCUUGUCCACAUAUGCAGCAUUGAACAGGGGCUUUCAGCAUGUGCUGCUACACUCUGAAUAUUUGCUCUGAAUCAUUGUCUGCUGAAUGAAAUUAUAUUUUUCUGUCACAUUUUGUAUAAAACAUGGUUAAUAAAAGUUCUGAAAAACAAAUGGAAACUGUAACUGUCCAAAGACAGUGAUUCUUGGAAUUUCAAGUUGGUUGUUUUUUGUGUUUAUUUUUUAUAUGUUUGAAUUUUGUAUUAUAGUUGUUCAUAAUGGGAGAGGUGAAUGUACACCUUUAAGAGGUCACAUGGCUGCGUUUUAGCGUGGGGUCACCCGUGUGGGUCAUAGCAGCAUUGUUGCUUCAGAGGACGGCAUUAUUGCUUCAGAGAACGGCAUUUUACAUGGUCUGAGAGGCGCACACGGUGAAGAGACUUUUGGGUUUUGUUUGUUUUUAUAUUUUUUCUGUUAUAUGUUCACAUGCAUUGUCUCGCACUGUUGUACUGGCGUGUGGGACCUAGCGACGGAAAGCUAGUUUAGAGUCUGUCUAAUUGCAAUCGUGAAAAUUAUGAAAUUUCUUGUAUAUUUUUGAUGUUUGUAUUUUUUUUAUUGUCCUAGUUUUCACGGUGUCGGCAGAUGGCAGGGAAUAAAAGUCAAAAGACAUCUGUA